AGGGGACCUAGACAAAGCCCCACUUUGUGCGGAAGGCAGGCGUGGAAUGUGCGCGGCGGCGCGUGCCCCCUCCCCGCCCCGCCAGCUGCGAGUCUUGGCUUCCCGAAGGGUCGCGACAGAGAAGUCGCCCCCGGCGCCACGCUCUCCCCCUGCAUCCCCGAUCCCCCGGGUCCAGACUAAGAGCUCAUGCGGGCCCCCUCACUAUUUCGUAGAGGAAUUUGUUCUCUCUAAAACUGGGAGUGGGCACUGGUGCCUUGGGGCUCCUUUUCAGUGUUGCCGCAAGAGCUAUCUGGCCUCAGUCUCCCCAUCCCCAGGGCCGUCACUUUUCUCCUCUCAGCCAUCCUAGAUCGCUGCGAGUCAUUGUUCUCGCUGCCAAAUGGGGGUGCUUUGUACAGGCUGCCAAGUUGGGGUGUGUUCUCUUCAUCCCGUUUUCCAAACAAAAUAGGGCUUCUAAGGCGGACCCUGGGCACCCACCUGGUCAUCCCUCCAGGUUGAUAUGCUGAUUCUUUCUUACUAAAUAGUAUUUUAUUGUACAGGAGCCACGCCCUGGUUUCUUAAAGGCGCCCGGCACUGUUUGGCCAUGUGUUAUCUCUAUAGCCAGCGUGUGGGAAACCUCCUGUGAGGCACUUCUUUUUCCCGCCUCCUGAUAUAUCCUCCCACCCUCGUCGAGGAUUUAGGGAUGCCAGGGGGAAAGAAGGUGGUCCCGAGUGGCAGCAGCGGUGCCUCCCCAAAUGCAGCCGCAGCUGCCGCUGCUGCCGCCCACUCUGGCAUUAAACGUUUGGAAACCAGCGAAGGGGCUUCAGCUCAGAGAGACGAGGAACCAGAAGAGGAAGGAGAAGAGGACCUACGAGAUGGAGGUGUCCCUUUCUUCAUCAACCGAAGUGGACUGCCAGUGGACGAGGCCACCUGGGAAAGGAUGUGGAAGCAUGUGGCCAAGAUUCACCCGGAUGGAGAGAAGUUGGCCCUGCGGAUCCGUGGGGCCACGGACCUGCCCAAGAUUCCCAUACCAAGUGUGCCUACUUUCCAGCCGACGACGCCCAUUCCUGAGCGCCUGGAAGCCGUGCAGCGCUACAUCAGGGAGCUGCAGUACAAUCACACAGGGACACAGUUCUUUGAAAUUAAGAAGAGCAGACCUCUGACAGGGCUGAUGGACCUGGCCAAGGAAAUGACCAAAGAGGCUCUGCCAAUCAAAUGCCUGGAAGCUGUGAUCCUGGGAAUUUACCUCACCAACAGCAUGCCCACCCUGGAACGCUUCCCCAUCAGCUUCAAGACCUAUUUCUCAGGGAACUACUUCCGCCACAUUGUGCUGGGGGUGAACUUUGGGGGCCGCUAUGGAGCCCUGGGCAUGAGCCGGAGGGAAGACCUGAUGUAUAAACCUCCAGCCUUCCGCACACUCAGUGAGCUCGUGCUGGACUACGAGGCGGCCUAUGGCCGCUGCUGGCAUGUGCUGAAGAAGGUAAAGCUGGGCCAGUGCGUGUCCCACGACCCCCACAGUGUGGAACAGAUCGAAUGGAAGCACUCCGUGCUGGACGUCGAGAGGCUGGGCCGGGAAGACUUCCGCAAGGAGCUAGAGCGUCAUGCCCGAGAUAUGCGUCUCAAGAUUGGCAAGGGGACAGGCCCUCCCUCUCCCACCAAGGACCGGAAGAAGGAUGUUUCCUCCCCACAGAGGGCCCAGUCCAGCCCCCACCGCAGGAACAGCCGCAGUGAGAGACGGCCUUCGGGGGAGAAGAAGCCUGCAGAGCCCAAAGCCGUGCCAGACCUCAAUGGGUACCAGAUCCGGGUGUGAGGCAGAUGCCAACACCCCCAGGCCUCCUCUGCUUCUGGAGACCCUGACCCAUCUACUUCAUUCAGGCAGGGGUCGGUGAUGGGAUGGGCCGGGGGUGGGAGGCAGGAAGGAUGCCUUGCAAAUCAGCCCCCAGGUGACUUUCCCUCUCAACUUUGGGGCAAGAAGCAGUUAGUAUUUUAUUUGGAGUUUUAGCCCUUCAAUUGAAGUUAAGGUAUUUGGAGGGAAAGG